AUGAAAUCGCUUUUUAUCAGCCUUUUUUUAUUUGCGUUUGUUUUCAGCGAUGUUAAUAAAGAAUAGCAAUAAAAAUAGCCAGCAGCAGAAAAUGAUGAAAAAGAGCUAGUUGAAAAGCUCAAAAAUAAUGAAAUACUCUAUAUUCAAUAGGUUUGCAUGACUUUCUCAGAAUCAUAGUGCAAAUAAUUUAAUUAUGAUUAAUAUCUAUCUCGCGGCAAUCUAACUCAAAGAGCGGAAUAAUUGAAUGAAAUGGCUUAAAGGCUUAAGCAUAUAAACCCCGCUUUUGAAUUUAGAGUAUUUGACAAUUAGACUAUCUCUUUGGUGCCAAAAAAGAAUCUAACUGAUGACAAUUUUAUAUUUAGAAGCAAUAAACAAAAUAGUUUGACUAACGAAUUAAACCCAAAGACAUUCUACAAUUAUAAAGAUAUGAAGAAUAAUUUCGAAGAGUUUAAAAAUAUUUUAAAGAAAUUUGAGCAUGAAAGGGAAAUAUAGCUAGUUCUUAAUCUUCUGUUACAUAUAGAGAAUAUUAAUCAUUCAAUAUUCUCACUUUAUUUGCCACAUAUUCCAAGCACCAUGAACGUACCUAUUUUAACGUUUGGUCUAACAGAAAUGUAAGUGCUGGCUUCAAUAGAUAAAAACAUGCUCCAUAAAUUCAUGGAAAAGAAAAUGGAAAUACAACAAUAUUGGUACAAAUUUAAAAAUUUAACUAGUAAUUACACAGAAAAACAAAUGAAAUAAAUAUUUGGAUUUAAAGAAGAGAGACUGGUUGAUUUUGCAGAUUUUUCUUGGGCAUUAUUACACGUUUACAAAUAUUCAAUAGAUUAUGAGGGAGUUUAUUAUAUUAUACCCGGUUUUGAGUUUGUUCGUUAAACAAACAAUUAUUUGAAGAAGAUAUACUUCUAAACGGAAGAAAAUUCUGAUUUGACUGUCUUUAUCCCUGGUUAUCAGAAAGGCAGACCUCUUGUCUAUCAUUAUAAUAAAGACCCUGAACACUAUUUCAUUUUCAACAGAGAAAUCAACCAUAAUCAUCCAAAAGAUUGUGUUUAACUUAAGAUCAUUAACGAAAAAGAAAUAAGCUAGUGCAUGGAAGAUAUUCUUUUUUAUGCAAACAUUAAUAAAGGGAAUUUAUGUGUAAGAAAAGACAAAGAAUUUCUACACUAAAUAGAUGUAUUUAUAUAGGUGAUAAAUCUUAAAAGAAGUUUUUCAUGCAAGUGCAGAGACGACAUAAGAGAAGUUAUAUACAAAAACCCCGAUAUUAAUUUGAUUGAUUCUAUCAAUAUAAUCAAAGAAAAAUGCUUGUAAGGAAAAUAUAACGAUCCAAAGUAUUAUUAGAAAGAUAUUAGACCGUAAUUCCAACCCGUUUUAGAAGCCUAAAAAUAAGAAUAUGAUAGUUUUUUAAAAAAACUAUCUAACGAGGAGUUUGUUCUGAAAAAUUUAUAAGGUAUCUAUGUUGAAAAUCUUGAGUUGUUGUACAAUCUAGCUAAUUACAAAAAAAAAGCAUUACAAAUCUUGGAGAGAGCCAUAAAGAGAGCUUAUGCAGCAGUCGAUUAGCAUAAACUUAGUGAAAAUAGCUUUAAGAGAGAAUAAAAAAAUUCAAAAGAAGAAGAAAAUAUUGUCAUUGACUUAGAAAAAGAGGAUCUUUGA